GGCGGCCCGGGCGGCUGGGAUGGAGCAGAAGCGCGCCGGGCGCCGGAGUACAAGCAGCUGACGGAGACGCGCGGCGCUCGCCUAGCUUCCCCUACCGCCGCCCGAGCCGCCCGCUCGCCCGGCUCCCACCGCAGCCAGCGGACAGAGCAGGAGCUGCCCGCGCUCUGGGCGCUCGGUCAGUCCCGGCAAACUCUCCCGCUGCCCGCGCCGGGUUCGGCACCAAGCCCCAGGGUACCAUGGUCUACAAGACUCUCUUCGCUCUCUGCGUCUUCACGGCAGGACUGAGGCUACAGAGCGCGUCUACAUCAGACCUCUCGCCUGUUUCUCUUCCGGCAAAGAGCAGCCCACCAACGGCCUUCUGGACCAGCUCUCCGCAAAGCCCUCCCGCCUCCCCUACCGGUGGAACGCCCAGCACCUCGGUCCUCCCAGAUACAACAUCGGCCCGGACACCUCCAUCCGCCAAGAACGACUCCGCAGAGCCCAGAGAAGAGGAACCCACCAGCCCAGCCUCCAACUGGGAGGGCACAGACACAGACGCCUCGCCAACAAGCGGUGGGGUCCACUUAACACCCACGCUCGAGGAACACACUUCAGACACUCCCGAGGCCAGGGUGCCAGCUACAGGGUCACAGUCCCCCGUUGAGUCUCCCGCACUCACCUCCCCUCAAGCGCCAGCCUCAUCACCUUCACCCCCAUCAACCUCACCGCCAGAGGAAGUUCCCUCUGCCUCUGUGAGCACCAGCCGUAACUCCGCUGAGGCCAGCACCAAGCCCACAGGAGCUCUAACCACAUCAGAGCCCCCAGCGGAGGACCACAGCUCUGGCCACAGAGCCACUUCACAUGCCCCAGCCGAGCCAGUGCCCACCGAGACCACGGCCCAAGCAACUGUGCCCCCCAGAGUGACCUGUAUGCUGAUAGACACGGAGACCACCACCGCCUCGCCCGGGGUGAUCAUGCAGGAAGUGGAGCAUGAGCUAAGUUCAGGGAGCAUUGCCGCCAUUACGGUGACAGUCAUUGCUGUGGUGUUGCUGGUGUUUGGAGUUGCAGCCUAUCUAAAGAUCAGGCAUUCCUCCUACGGAAGGCUCUUGGAUGACCACGACUACGGGUCCUGGGGAAACUACAACAAUCCUCUGUACGACGACUCCUAACAAAGGAAGGUGGCCUGGGAUGAGGAAUAACUGUCUUUAUUUAUCAGUGCUUAUCCAGUAGAAUUAAUAACAAGUACCUGAUGCGCAUUGAGCGACAAUCCUAA